CCGGGUGUUUGACGGGGUGGCUGCCGCAGCGCGAGGACCGGAGAGUGGAAAUAUGACCGACAAUGACCUCGACCGCAGCCCGCGCCAGCGUCGUGCCCUCGUCGUUUAGGAUUCGACGCCGGUAAGCACGCGCUUUUAUCGCCGCCGCUCCCGUUCCUAGAUUAAAUCCGCGCGUUCGCCGUAGGUCAUUAGCCGCGAGCCUGCUCUUAUCUCGGAAGCGCGACACAUCCAGCGCGUGUCUGUUAUUGCCGGAGCCGUGCGCGUCGAGGGCUUUUGCCGUGCAUUGAAAUAUGGAUAAGGCCAAAUCAGUGAUGGACCAGAAAGGAGGAUCGGGUCCUUGCUGCACAAACGGCAUGCACAAGCCACUCCGACGACAGCUGAGCAACGGGAGCCCGUUCAGCCCGACGGACGAUAAUCACCACCAUCUUCACCACGACCCGCAAACCAACGGAUCCCCGGCGAAGAGGUGUCGGCUGCGGAGGCGAAUGGAGUCAGUGAAGAAAAACCGUCCGCCCUUUCCAUGGUUUGGAAUGGACAUCGGUGGUACUUUAGUAAAGCUUGUUUACUUCGAGCCAAAAGACAUCACUGCAGAAGAGGAGCAGGAGGAGGUGGAGAAUCUGAAGAGCAUACGCAGGUACCUCACCUCCAACACGGCCUACGGCAAAACCGGUGUCCGCGAUGUACACCUGGAGCUACGCAACUUGACAAUCUGCGGUCGCACGGGGAACCUGCACUUCAUCCGCUUCCCCACCGCUGCCAUGCACAGAUUCAUCCAGAUGGGCAGAGAUAAACACUUCUCCAGCCUUCACACCACACUGUGCGCCACUGGUGGCGGGGCGUACAAGUUUGAGAAUGAUUUCAGAACGAUGGCGGACCUAGAGCUGAUGAAGUUGGAUGAGCUUGAUUGUUUAAUCCAGGGGCUGCUGUACAUUGACUCUGUUGGUUUUAAUGGUCACCCUGAGUGCUAUUACUUUGAGAACCCCUCCGACACACAGAACUGCAUCAAGAGACCCUGUUGUCUUGACAACCUUUUUCCCAUGUUGCUGGUCAACAUUGGCUCGGGUGUCAGCAUUCUGGCAGUCUAUGCAAAAGAUGAUUACAAAAGAGUGACAGGCACCAGUCUUGGUGGAGGGACAUUUUUGGGGCUCUGCUGCCUGUUAACGGGUUGCGAAACAUUUGAAGAAGCCCUUGAAAUGGCCAGCAAAGGGGACAGCACCAAUGUGGAUAAACUGGUGAAGGACAUCUAUGGGGGCGACUACCAGCGAUUCGGUCUACAAGGGUCUGCGGUAGCUUCAAGCUUUGGGCACAUGAUGAGCAAAGAGAAGAGGGAGAGUAUUUCUAAAGAGGACUUGGCACGAGCCACACUCGUUACGAUUACAAACAACAUCGGGUCCAUCGCACGCAUGUGUGCAGUUAAUGAGAAAAUUGAACGGGUUGUUUUUGUGGGAAAUUUUCUGCGUAUAAACACGGUGUCAACAAAGCUUCUUGCCUAUGCUAUGGACUUCUGGUCCAAGGGCCAGCUGAGGGCCCUUUUCCUGGAACAUGAGGGAUACUUUGGAGCUGUCGGUGCUUUUCUAGAACUGCUGAAGUCAUCUGAUGAUGUAUAAAGGAAGGAAAUCAUCACUUCUGAUCCAGAAGCUGCUUUAAAACUUCCUCACAGGAGCUCCAACAGGAAAACUGGAAUACUGGGAACACUGAGAAAUUUAAAAGAAGCCAUUAUAGUAAUUAACCUGUAAAUAAACCUUAAAAUGAGAUUCUAAAUAAUAUUUUUAUGAGUAGCUUAGUCUCCUUCAAAUUGCAGACUUCAACGUAACCUUAUUGCUUAUUUGUUUUCUGGUUGUUUUUCUGUCGUUUUCAUUUUGUAAUAUUUGUAAAUAUUAUAGUGUAGUGAACAGGGAGAGUUUAUUGAUGGCCAAAACCUGCUCUGUUAAAGCUUUGCUAUGCUUGUCAUGCCCACAAGGUGAGAGCAUAUUUGGCAUUAACUGGUUUAUUUUUAGGCCUGGUUAAAUAGAGUUUUAGAGUUUUUUGUUAAACUGCUGUUUAGACCCAAAAUGAUGCUUGACACACUGUUCUAGUUAAUUUUUAAGCCUCAGGUGCUAUGCUAAAUGUGUGCCGACUGACAGGGAUCCUUGUAGUAAAGAAAAGACACUGGUCUCUAUUAUAGCACAGAGCAACCUUUUUCCCGUUGCCUCUUCCUUCCCUCUUCCUCUUCUCUACAGUUAAUAGUUCUCCAUGCGUUUAUGCAUGAAAGAUAUUUUAAACCAGAAUUUAAACUUCACUCUUGGAAUUUUAUUAGAAUAGGUAAUUUUUUUUAACGAUACAUAUUUACACUGAUUCACAAGAAGCCUUUACUCAUAAAAGGAUACACAGAAAGCUCAGGGUGUCGUCUUUAUUUUUGAAAGGGAAUUCUGUGGGACCAAGUGGCCAAUUUGACAGGCACUUCAGAUAGAAAGCUCCCCUAACAUCGCAACUUUUUUUUUUUUUUUUUUUUUGUCCAUCUUUGCCUCUUUUUCUUCCUGCCUUUUCCCAUUGUUUCUCCUACUUAAACCAAAGCUACUUCUGUCAUCUUUUUUUCUGGAUGCACACAGUUGUACGCACAUACCUCCUCUUUGGUUGCCUUCCUCUUAUCUAGAAUGGUACUAAAGUACUCGAAGUAGCCGUGUGAUGUCAAAACAGAAAGAUUAAGUCCGUAUGACAGCAGUUACCCACAACCCCCCAUUCCUCGGUAUUCAAAUAUCAAACAUGUUUUGACAGUUUUAAGACUCAGCCAUUGUGUUUCUAUUGUAGUGCCAAAGUGAGACUGGGAGGAGUCAAACCAGAGAGCCUGCCAAUGCAAGCAUUCCUGCUUUGCCAGGCCACGCACCACAUUUCUUCUCCUAAAAGUUGCCUAGCAUUAGAAUAUUUCUAAGAUCCUUUUAAGUCCAAUAUUUAGUCAUUUAAAAAAUAAAAACACCACUCCCUUACUAGUCAACUCUGUUUAAUUCUGCAUGUUGUCUUUCUUAACUUCUAUGUGAUUGAUCUCUGCUUUUAACCUCUGGCUGUUUUUAGGUUGUGCUUUUAUUUUAUUUUAUUUUAACUUUUAUCUUUUUUUAAUAUUUUUUUUGAUAUAUUAGAUUUUGGGGACCUCACAUCAACUACAAAAUUUAUUUUUCCAAAAAAAAAUGUAUUCAUAUAUUACUACUAUUUUUUUCUUUUCAUAAAAUCAAACAAUGAAAAAACUGUGUUGUUAAAAAUGUUGCAUACCUUUUGCAUAACUAAUUUUGGUUUUGGUUGGCCUUGUAUAUUUUGCAUUAAAUUAAUUAACAGCAUAUUUUGGGUACACAAUUAUGUAAUUUGAUUUUUAUUUUGGUACUGUUUUUUUUUUUUUUUCAAUGAAAAUGAUCCGGUUUUAAACCCCUCAUUCUAGAUUAGCGUGCUCUUUUUUUUGUUUGUAACAGUGUAUCAGUAUGAGAGCUGAAUACUGUAUGAAAGAUUAACAUUAAUGAAGAUUGUAUGGUAUUGACAAAUUGUUCCUGCCACACAUUCUUAGUAAGACACAAGUAUGAGCAUGUUUUAAGUGUUAUUGCUUGUGUAAUUGCACUGCUCAAUUCUAUGAUAAACUUAAAGCUCUCGUUCAUUUUGCAUUAGGCUUGAAUCCACAAAAUACAGCUUUGUGUUUUGUGAACAUUAAGGUUCGAGAUAACUUUUGUUGUGAUCCCAGUAUGCAGCAAAACCAGCUGCCAGUUACAGCAGUUUUGUUUAGUAAAGAAACAACACAGACGUUGAAUUUAAAAAAGCAGUAUUUGUAUCAUAAACAGUUGUUCUAAUACAAAUCCUAAGAGAUCCUUUUCAUGUAUAUGGUUCUCUUCCUCUGAAAGGUGACCUUUCACUCCUUUUGCUAUGCAGUAAAGUCAGUUGCGCUGAAUGUUGUUUGCUAAAAGCAGCUUGUUUGAGAAAGUUAGAAAUAGCUGCCGAUGUCCUGUCUGCCACUUUUGUCAAUAACACUGUUAUAAAGAUUGAAAUGGGGCAUUUUGACAUUAUUGUUCUGUCUGUAUCUGGAUGUUUUAUUUUAAUUCCUACUGACAUUUUAAAAAAUAUAUACUGUUGCUUGUUUGAUGCUUCUUUAAUGAGUACUUUUUGCUGUUAUAUUCGACUGUACAAAUAUGUAAAUAUUUCUGUCUUUUUUUCACCUCUCAAAAGACAUCAAAGCCACACCGCUUUGAAAUGUGGCUUUGCUGAGAAAAUAGGAGAGAUUUGAUGUCUGUGUGAUUCACUGGGUUUAAUUGGGUGCUGUAAUGCAUAGAUUCAAGAAAGGACGUUGUAAAAAAUAAAGUUUAAAAACAAAAUUAUUGGAAAAAAAAUAAAA